UUUUUGACUCACUCACAUCUCACUAUUUACGACGACGCCUGAGGAGUAAAAAGAAAGGGAAAAAGAAAGGGGGCCAUUAUCUUUUCCAGACGCGCUCCUCAUAAUAGCUCGGCACAGAAGAAACAGAGUUAGAAACUGCCUGGGACAUAAUCUCGCUAGCUUGUACUAGACUGGAGACUGUUUCUCGGAUCUUUCAUUUUAUUCCUUUGUUUAAGGUUUCAUUGCGUUGCCUUCCGCUGCCGAGAAACUCUGAAUACAGGGACUGUAGUAGCCGGGAUUUUAAUUGAAUCUGACGUUGCUAGGGAAAGGGGCAGAGUUGAUCGCUGAGGGGAAAGACCGGCGUCCGACCAAGCAAAAGCAGCUGCAAGGGAUCCUUUGGCGGAGGCGACCCUCUUCCUCCUCUCCCUGCCUGGUGCGCGAGAGGGAUCCGGGGGCGUGAGGGAGGCAGGUCGAGCGCAUUCGUGAUCGGAUCGAAGGAAAAUGGCGGUAGCCAGCCGGAGGGUGGCGAAGGAACUUGAUAUCAUUAAAAAAUCAGAGUUACGAUGCUUCCGGGAUAUUCAAGCAGAUGUGACCAAUAUUCUCCUUUGGAAAGGACUUCUAAUGCCGGAUAAUUCUCCAUACAAUAAAGGAGCCUUCUGGAUUGAGAUAGAAUUUCCAUGUGAGUAUCCACUCAAGCCUCCCACUAUAACCUUCAAAACCAAGAUCUACCACCCCAAUGUGGAUGAGGAGGGUAAACUCUGCCUGCCAAUCAUCAGCAAGACAAACUGGCAGCCUUAUACAAAGAUGGACCAAGUGAUUCAGGCCUUGAUCCAUCUGCUAAAUAUGCCUGAAUUAGAAAGGCCGCUACGUCCAGACUUGGCCAAGGAGUUCAGGGAAGAUCAUGAGAAAUUCCUGUUACGGGCAGAAGAUCACACCAGCAAUUUCAGUGAGAAGCGACCGUGCGAAUGAACUAUUCUCCCUGACUGGAGUCCGCCUUACAUAAUGCCCUAUUUUAUUUUUUUUAGCCCCACAAAUCUUUGUCUACUAACAAGAUGAUAGAGAAGAAGAACCCACAAAAAAUGUGCAUGAUGAAAACUUGGAUUUUUCUGACAUUAAAGCCAGAACUAUUCAUUUGGGAAACAUUCAUACCCUUGAACAAACAUAGAUUCAAAGAUGAGACACGGAUUCAUUUUAUUAAGUUAAAGAUCUGUGCCUGAAUAUGAAUGAAAACUUGUGUUGCUUUCCCCAUCCUGAAGCUAAAAUCUUAUUUCUCGAAAGGGUAGUUCUGGCUUUAAAGUCAGUACUGGAUUUCAAUAAAUUUCAAAUCAAACUGAAGAGAUGACACAGUUUUCUAAAACAGAACAAUAUUUUCCUCCAAAAGAGCAGAACAAAUUAGGACAUUUGCAAAGUUUCAGGAGUACAUCAGAGAAGUAGAGUUAGAAUUCCACAGAGAAAACUUAAAGUAAUAAGUUUUCUAUUUUCCAAAUACAGAAAAACUGGGUUGAUAAGAGGAGGGGAAAAACUGAGAGAUUUGCUGUGAAAGCAAAGAAUGACUUAUCAGGAAUAGACCAAUAGGAAUGUUUCUGGAAAAAACAAUAUGGCAUGUGAUGCUUUGCUAUAUGCCAUUCCCUUGCUAGAAUAUUUACCUUGGAUGAAGAAAAUAAACACAUUCUUAAUUCUUUCUAA